AUGCAGGAGCCGCGUCUGCAUGUUGCAAAAUUCCUCACUGAACAUGUCGUAAAAGCAGUUCGCAUUUUCAAGGAAACUUCCACAACGCGGGCUUUACCGGAACAUGUGGUUGUCACCGAGGAAGCGCAGCAAUUCCGUGAUGCCUUCGUUGCUGCUGCCGAUGGAGCCUCCCAGCGUAUUCGUCUCACAAUCAUAGUUUUGCAAGCACAUUGA